AUGGAACAUACUCCAGCUCCAUAUGGACCAAGAUCUGUUUAUGGAUACGCUUUAUACAUAGGUUCAAAUAUAAUCUUUCUUUUAUAUUUGAUAUGGGCUGUAGUACCAGAUCAAAUUUUACAUAGUCUUGGAUUAACAUAUUGGCCUUCUAAGUACUGGGCUGUAGCAAUUCCAAUUUGGGCUUUAACUGCUCUUGCUACAUUUGCAUUUAUUAUUUACCCAGCUAUAAACUUAUCUAUGACUCCAGAUAUUAGUGAUAUUGUAACUAUAACAGAUAAACAUUCAUGUCCUAAAAAAGAAACAAUUCCAGGUGGUAUACCUCCUGUAUAUGAUAUUCCAAUAACAGAAAUUUGUAGAAAGUUGUAUUUAUCAAAAAAAAAGUAA